AACAGCAAAAAAAUAAAUUUUUAAUUGUGGGCUACUUUUAUUUUGAUAGCACGGCAGCAUCCAUGCUGCUGUCCGCUUCCAGGAGAGAGGCACUGAUUUCCCUUUGUUUACAGUGAUGUUAAAUGCGAUGUAACUGUCAUAACACCGCUGUCAGGUCGAGCGGUUUUCUCUAACAUUACAAUGCUGACUGGCUGUUCUGCAUUGAUGUGCGCUCAGUUCAUUGGCGUCAGCAGUGUUACGCUUAAGUGAUCUUCAGGAAAUCCUCAGUGCAUAUUUGAUGGUUUCUCUCUCCGUGAUGGUUAAAGGGGUGUGAUGUUUUCCUCAGUCCUCCAUCAUGCCCCACUCCUCCAAGCCUCGCUCUCUGGUGCUCCACAAACGCAGCCAUGCUGGAGAGAAGCCCCACACCUGCCGGCUCUGCUCCAAAACUUUCAUCUCGUCCUCUCACCUGGCUCUCCAUCUGCGCUCGCACUCCGGAGAGCGCAAGUACAAGUGCAGCGUCUGCUCCAAGAUGUUCAUGCAGUCGUCGCAGCUGAUGCGCCACAAGACCAUCCACACGGGGGAGAAACCCUUCAAAUGCCCCGACUGCAACAAGUGCUUCGGCCGCGCGUCACACCUGAAGACCCACAGCAGGCUCCACACAGGUGAGAAGCCCUUCCAGUGCACACUGUGUGACCGAGCGUUCACACAGAAAGCCGGACUCAUCAUUCACCUGCGUCUGCACACCGGGGAACGGCCCUUUAAGUGUGAUAAAUGUGGAAAAGCAUUCCGCACGUCAGCUCAUCUGCUGAAUCACCAGGCGCUGGAGCUGGGCGAGGGCAAACACGUGUGCUCCACCUGCCACAAGGGCUUCAGGUCUCUCUCCAUACUGAAACACCAUGAGAAGAGCCACCAGUCUGCAUUAACAGAAGCGCCUCUGUGCUGCAGCGUUUGCUCCGUGGCCUUCACUCAAUCCUCACACGCGCACUUACUCAACGGACAGCAGCUCUUCCACUGCAAAGUGUGCAACCAGACGUUUGUGAAAAUGUCCACCUUCGAGAAACACUGCCGCAAACACCAGCGGGACGCACACCAGUGUGUGAAGAAGGAGGAGGAGGAGGAUUCGCAUGAUCCUCUGUAUGAGCUGCAUUCGGCUGCGUCCCAAACACAGAGCACUUCAGAGGUCAACACGCGCUCCAAAACCAGAGCCAGAGUCAAGAGCACUGCGGAGUAACGCUACAGUAACACUUCCCUUCAAGGGGUGUUCAUAAGACUUUCAUUAAACCUUUAUGAUCAUGACUUGCAAGUACAUUAAAUGCCAUCUAGUGUCAGGUGGUGAUAUUGCGCGUUCAGUCUGCUCAAAGGGUAUAAACGGAGGUCGGAGCCAGCUCCAAGUGGGUUAGUCUACGAGCUCCAAGUAGGCUGUGCAAACCUGGUGUGGUAUUUAUUUUAUUUAUUUAGUCGUAUUUAGAGUUCAAUAUUGUGCUUUAUGAAAGUCUACACCUAACCCUAAACCCAACCUUACAGUAACCUGAUGUGUUUUAUUAAUGUCUACUCUCCACCUACACCACUUAAACCCAACCUACUUGUGGCUUAAGUCCCUCCCACUUGGAGGUCUCCGGGCUCCAGCGAUACCUACUUGCAAAGAAUCGCUUUGGUAUGAAUGCAGGAAACGUUAAGACUGUAUUUGAAGGGGUGUUCAUAAGACUGUCGUUAAACCUUUAUAAUCAUGACCUGCAAGUUCAUUAAGCACUAUCUCGUGUCAGGUGUUGGUUUUGCGCAUUCAGUCUGCUCAAAAAAACGCUUUGGCAUGAAUGCGAAAAAACGUUAUGAUAACACUGCACUUCAAGGGGUUCAUAAGGCUGUCAUUAAGCCUUUAUAAUCAUGAUUUGCAAGUUCAUGAAGCACCAUCUAGUGUCAGGUGGUGAUUUUCCGCAUUCAGUCUGCUCAAAAAAUUGCUUUGGUAUGAAUGUGAAAAAAAAACAUUAUGAUAGCAUUGUUAAGACUGUAUUUAAAGGGGUGUUCAUAAGACUGUCGUUAAACCUUUAUAAUCAUGACAUGCAAGUUCAUAAAGCACCAUCUAGUGUCAGGUGGUGAUUUUGCACGUUCAGUCUGCUCAAAAAAUCGCUUUGGUAUGAAUGCGGAAAAACGUUACGAUAGCAUUGUAUUAGGAGUGUUCGUAAGGCUGUCGUUAAACCUUUAUAAUCAUGACUUGCAGGUUCAUUAAGCGCUAUCUAGUGUCAGGUGGGGAUUUUGCACGUUCAGUUUGCUCAAAAAAACACUUUGGUAUGAAUGCGGAACAAACGUUACGAUAGCAUUGUUAAGACUGUAUUUGAACUGUGUUCAUAAGACUGUCGUUAAACCUUUAUAAUCAUGAACUGCAAGUUCAUGAAGCGCUAUCUAGUGUCAGGUGGUGAUCACUUUGGGGGAAACCGGAGCACCUUGAGGAAACCCACGUCAACACUGGGAGAACAUGCAAACUCCACACAGAAACGCCAACUGACCCAACAAAGGCUUGAACCAGUGCUGUGAGGUGACAGUGCUAACCACUGUGCCACCGAACCACCCCAAGAGCACAACACAAGCAAAUAAAAAAAAUCAAGUAUCACAUUUUUUUAAUUGAAAUUAAAUUAAACACUUUUUAAAGUGCAUAAACUGACAAACAACUGUUGUUAAACACAAUAUGAUUUCAUUAACAUGCAUGUAGGGGAAAUUAGGAAUCAAAUAAAACUGCAUCAGUAGCCGAAGAUAACCCGCAUCAGCAGAGAGUGUAAUGAGAAAUGCAAAAUAGCAAACUGCCCUUCAGAUGCUUUUUCUACUUUACAAAUAAGAGUUUGUUGGCGGUUCAUUCCCCAUUGGCGAACCCGGAUUAAUAAAGGGACUAAGCUGAAAAUGAAUGAA